UCUUCCUGCUUGGUGCACAUGUGCUGCACUGUGGAGUGCUGGAAGCCGGGGAUAUUGGAAUAGCACGCGGAUCCAUCUCUGGGGGGUUCUUUCGUCUGUUUAACACCCCCGCCCUGCCCCCAGCUGCAGCGGGAUGGAGAUCGCUAAGAAGUGGCAACAUUUACCCAGCGAGCCCAGUCUGAAGAAAUUGACUGACCCUCGAUAUGGAAAGCCGGGGGAAGUCCAGCACCCUCCUGUGCAGGAGCUCACACGGGCCCACAUUGACUCCUUCAACCAGGCUAUGACAGAGGGGCUGAGGCUGGCAGUGCAGUCCACGAGUCCACUGGAGUUUGCUUUUAGGAACGAUCAAGUUUCAUUUGCGUUUGUGGAUGCCUCUAUAAACCCACCCAUGGUGCCAAAAGGAGGCAUAUGUAAGGAGCAGAGGAUUUUCCCAGCCGAAUGCAGAGGACGCAGAAGCACUUAUCGCGGAAAACUGACCGCUGACAUAAGCUGGUCUGUAAACGGAGUCCAGAAAGGUGUCAUCAAACAGUCCUUUGGUUAUGUCCCCAUCAUGGUGAAAUCAAAGCUUUGCAAUUUGUAUGGUCUUUCGCCAAAACAACUAAUUGAGCACCACGAGGAAGAACAGGAAAUGGGAGGUUAUUUCAUAAUAAACGGGAUAGAAAAAGUUAUCCGAAUGCUAAUCAUGCCUCGGAGAAACUUUCCCAUUGCAAUGAUUCGCCCAAAAUGGAAAGGUCGAGGACCUGGAUACACACAAUAUGGUAUCACCUUGCGAUGUGUCAGAGAUGAACAUACCGCCGUCAAUAUGAACCUACAUUAUUUGGAAAAUGGCUCGGUCAUGGUGAAUUUCAUCUAUCAGAAAGAACUCUUCUUCAUUCCUCUGGGAUUCGCACUAAAGGCACUAGUUGAUUUUUCAGAUUAUCAGAUAUUUUCUGAGUUGAUAAAAGGCAAAGAAGAUAAUUCCUUCUACAGAGACUGUGUCACUCAGAUGUUGAGGGUUGUUAUGGAGGAGGAAUGCUACAGUCAAAAACAGGUUCACAAGUAUCUGGGCGAGCGUUUCCGAGUGAAGUUCUACCUUCCGGACUGGUAUACGGAUGAACAAGCUGCAGAGUUUUUGAUAAACCAGUGUAUUUGUAUACAUCUUAAUUCCAACGCUGAGAAGUUUUACAUGCUGUGUCAAAUGACAAGGAAGCUUUUCACUUUUGCUAAAGAUGAGUGUAUGGAAGAAAACCCAGACAGCUUAAUGAAUCAGGAGGUUCUAACGCCGGGGCAACUUUUUCUGAUGUUCUUAAAGGAAAAGAUGGCGUCUUGGUUAGUUGCAGCAAAGUUAAAUCUUGAUAAGCAUGCCCAGAAAUCUAAAUUUCUCCUGACUUCUGAAUCCAUCAUGAAAGUAUUUUCUUCUACGUCUGACCUCACAAAACCAUGUGAAUAUCUGCUGGCGACUGGUAAUCUCCAGUCUAAAUCUGGGCUUGGCAUGUUGCAGUCAUCCGGUCUGGCCGUAGUUGCAGACAAGCUUAAUUUUAUCCGGUAUCUGUCACACUUCCGUUGUGUACACAGAGGUGCUGCCUUUGCCAAGAUGAGAACCACCAGUGUGCGUCGCCUUCUGCCAGAGUCCUGGGGAUUCUUAUGCCCAGUGCACACACCAGAUGGUGAGCCCUGUGGCCUCAUGAACCACAUGACAACAGUGUGCGAGAUCGUGACACAGACUUCAAUCAAGGCUCCCCUGUUGCUCUUGCUGUGCUCACUAGGUGUUACUCCAGUGGAUAGUAUUCCUGGAAAGCCCUUUGUAGACUGCUACGAAGUUAUGUUAGAUGGUGCCAUGGUGGGCUGGGUAGAGAAAGAUCUAGCCCCCAUCCUCGUCAACACUCUUAGAUGUUUUAAGGUUACACAGGAAAGGAAGAUUCCACCUUGGACUGAAAUUGUUCUCGUUCCAAUGACUGGGAAAGCAAGUCUGUAUCCUGGGCUUUUUAUUUUUACCACACCGUGUAGGAUGGUACGUCCUGUGAGGAACCUCGCAUUGGGGAAAGAAGAACUGAUUGGUUCCUUGGAACAGGUUUUCUUGAAUGUGGCCAUAUAUGAGGGUGAAAUUGUGCCUGGAGUCACCACUCACCAGGAGCUCUUUCCUCACAGUAUGAUGAGUGUGGUAGCCAACUUCAUUCCAUUCUCAGACCAUAACCAAAGCCCCAGGAAUAUGUACCAGUGCCAGAUGGGUAAGCAAACCAUGGGCUUUCCGCUUAUGACUUAUCAAGAUCGCUCUGACAAUAAACUGUACCGCCUGCAAACCCCCCAGAGUCCUCUUGUGAGACCAUCAAUGUAUGAUUAUUAUGAGAUGGAUAAUUACCCUGUUGGCACCAAUGCAAUUGUAGCGGUCAUCUCCUAUACAGGCUAUGACAUGGAAGAUGCCAUGAUAUUAAACAAGUCGUCGUGGGAAAGAGGGUUUGCACAUGGAAGUGUCUACAAGACAGACUUUAUUGACCUUACUAAGAAAGUUAAAUCUGGAGAAGACAACUUGGUGUUUGGGAUCAAAAUUGAAGAUGAAAGAGUGCAGGGCAAGCUUGAUGAGGAUGGUCUUCCCCCGGUGGGAUCUGUGUUGCAAUUUGGAGAACCCUACUAUGGCUACCUAAACCUCAACACAGGAGAGAACUUUGUCAUCUUUUACAAGAGCAAAGAAAACUGUGUUGUUGAUAACAUCAAAGUGUGCAGCAAUGACCUUGGCAUUGGAAAAUUUAAGUCUGUCUGCAUCACUAUGAGAGUCCCCCGUAAUCCUACCAUAGGGGAUAAAUUUGCCAGUAGACAUGGCCAGAAGGGCAUUCUGAGUAAACUCUGGCCCUCUGAGGAUAUGCCAUUCACGGAAAGUGGAAUGGUGCCAGACAUCUUGUUCAACCCACAUGGUUUCCCAUCGAGAAUGACCAUCGGGAUGUUGAUUGAGAGCAUGGCCGGCAAAUCGGCAGCUCUUCAUGGCUUGUGCCACGAUGCUACUCCUUUCACUUUCUCUGAAGACAACUCUGCACUGGAAUAUUUUGGUGAGAUGCUGAAGGCUGCAGGUUAUAACUUUUAUGGUACAGAAAAACUCUACAGUGGGAUUAGCGGCCUGGAAUUGGAGGCAGACAUUUUCAUUGGCGUUGUCUAUUAUCAACGUCUGCGCCACAUGGUUUCAGAUAAGUUUCAAGUCAGGACAACUGGUGCACGGGAUAAAGUAACAAACCAGCCUGUAGGUGGCAGGAAUAUUCAAGGAGGUAUACGUUUUGGAGAGAUGGAACGGGAUGCUCUGCUGGCCCAUGGUACUUCAUUCCUUCUACACGACAGACUCUUUAACUGUUCUGAUCGGUCUGUGGCACAUGUGUGCGUGGAAUGUGGGAGCUUGCUGUCUCCUUUCCUGGAAAAGCCAUCUGCAUCUUGGUCUGCUAUGCGCAAUAGAAAUUAUCACUGUACAUUUUGUAAUCGUUCUGAUACAGUUGACACAAUAUCUGUACCUUAUGUAUUCCGCUAUUUUGUGGCUGAAUUGGCAGCUCUGAACAUUAAUGUAAAAUUGAACGUGAGCUAAAUACAGAAUAGCAAAAAAAAAAAAUUGUUCUAAUCCAAAAAUAUCUGUGUGCCUUUUGGUUUUAUCAAUCGUGUACAAAUCUGUGAAUAACAAAUAUAAACUGUUAUUUUUUAUGAUGUUACUAUA